CUUCUCCUCUUCCCUCAGGCUGUUUUACACCCGUGAGACAUCCUCUAUUGUUGCCCGCUAUCGUCCGAGGGGGUAGGAGGCCCUACCCGUUUUCUACCCCUUCUCAACUUCUAACUGAUAUUCCCGACCUUGCCUGCCUCGCUCCUUGCUUGUUCACCUUCAUCGUUGCUUGUGUAGACCGUGUGUCGCGUGCUCUUCGUGUUCAUUGGUUGAUGCAAGUUACAGUCGCAAAUUGAAAAAAGCGAACGCGGUCUCGGUCUAAUCAUCAUCGAUCACCAUUUGCCUGCCUCUCGAGCACGCACGCCCGCCUCAAGUUACCGCAAACCUCGGCUGCGCGUACAACGGAACGGACCAGACCAGUCCCCUAAUAGCUCUACUAACCUGUACACCUUUUCUCAAGGUCGAGCUACCGAAAGCCAGGGUCGAAGAUGGGACUUCUCGAUUUUUCGGGCGUUAAUAUAGGCUUGAGCGUAGGCGCCAGCCUUGGUGCCGUCGCCGUCGUCCUGCCGCUGCUCUAUACCUACACCGCGUCGGUGUCGCAGAUGCGAUUCCCCACCGUGCGCAACAAGCGCAUCUGCCUACUCAUCGCUCAUCCGGACGACGAGGCCAUGUUCUUCUCGCCGACUGUGCUCGCGCUAACACGCCCUGACACCGGAAACCACGUCAGGAUCCUGUGCCUGAGUUCGGGCAACGCUGAUGGCCUGGGUGAGACGCGGAAGAAGGAAUUGGUCAAGAGUGGCAUGCUGCUGGGCUUGAGGAGCGAGAAUGACGUGCUGGUUCACGAGAGUCCUGAGUUUCCAGACUCCAUGACGACAACGUGGGACUCGUCGAAGAUCUCGGCCCUCCUCUGCAGCGCCUUCGCACCUCAUCUCGCCAAGCAGAAGGCAUCGAAUGCCGCGGCACCGACGGCUACCAUCGACAUCCUCAUCACCUUUGACGAGAGCGGCGUGUCGUCACACCCGAACCAUAUCUCGCUAUAUCACGGCGCCCGUGGCUUCCUCAAGGCCUUGGUCCACGGUAAGCCUGGGUGGUCCUCUCCCGUAGACCUAUACACACUCUCGAGCGUGGGCCUCCUGCGCAAAUAUACCACUUUCCUUGACGUCUUCCCGACGAUCCUGUCGGUAGCCUUUGAAGGCAGCAAAAAGAGCGAAAGGGGAAACCCGGGCGCCCUUGUCAGCAUGAGCGCUCUAGUAGGUGCACGGGAGAGCUACGGUACGGCUAGGACGGCCAUGACACAGGCCCACAAGAGCCAGAUGGUCUGGUUCCGGUGGGGGUGGAUCACGAUGAGCCGAUACAUGCUUAUCAACGACUUAAGGCUUGAGAGGGUCAAGUCGUAACUAACCGCAAUCGAGCGGGGCCCACAACUAGUCACGGUAAAUCCCAAAUACGAAGCACACACUGCACCGUGAGGCGCGCGAGGAGCCCCCGUAGACCCAAGGUUCCGCCACGGGCUGUCG